AAAAAGUGAAGGGCUCAUCCAGCUGGUACUCCAUCCUCGAGCUCUCCCCGAGCCGCCCAGACAAGCCGCACGCGCGCUCCUGUCCACCUCAGUCCCUGUCACAGACCGGUGCCUCUGUCUCUGUCUCUGUCCCUGUCCGGACUAACCCAGCAAACGUCUCCCUUUGCUGAGAGCACACAACCUGAAGCACCAUGGAGGCCAUCAAGAAGAAAAUGCAGAUGCUGAAGCUGGAUAAGGAGAACGCGAUAGACCGGGCAGAGCAGGCUGAAGGGGACAAGAAGGGAGCAGAGGACAAAUGCAAACAGCUGGAGGAGGAGCUGCUGGGUCUGCAGAAGAAGCUGAAAGGAGUGGAGGAUGAGCUGGACAAAUAUUCUGAGUCGCUGAAGGAUGCCCAGGAGAAGCUGGAGCAGGCAGAAAAGAAGGCAACAGAUGCUGAGGCAGAGGUGGCAUCGCUAAACAGGCGUAUCCAGCUGGUGGAGGAGGAGUUGGACCGAGCUCAGGAGAGACUGGCUACUGCUCUGCAGAAGCUGGAAGAGGCUGAGAAAGCUGCAGAUGAGAGUGAGAGAGGAAUGAAGGUAAUUGAGAACAGAGCAACCAAAGACGAAGAGAAGAUGGAGAUCCAGGAGAUGCAGCUGAAGGAGGCCAAACACAUCGCUGAGGAGGCCGACCGCAAAUAUGAAGAGGUUGCUCGUAAGCUGGUGAUCCUGGAGGGUGACCUGGAGCGCUCAGAGGAGCGUGCUGAGGUGGCCGAGGCGCGAGUGAGGGAGCUGGAGGAGGAGCUCAGACUAAUGGAUCAGAAUUUGAAGUCCAUGAUGUGCGGAGAGGAAGAGUACUCACAAAAGGAGGACAAAUACGAGGAAGAAAUUAAAGUUCUUACUGACAAACUGAAAGAGGCUGAGACUCGUGCAGAGUUUGCAGAGAGGUCUGUGGCCAAGCUGGAGAAGACCAUUGAUGAUUUGGAAGAGAAACUGGCCCAAGCCAAAGAAGAGAACCUGGAUAUGCACCAGGUGUUGGACCAAACCCUUUUGGAGCUCAACAAUCUAUAGACACCACCAGUGUACACCCAUACAGAUGGAAUCUUAACAUAACAUCAACAGUUGUUAUAGUAAACAAAACAAAACAAAAUGAAAAAAAGUUAUACAAGGAUUGGUUCAGAUAUAAAUCUAUGGAGCCCCUGAAGUGACAUGAGCAAGAAAUUGUCUAUUACAAAUUGAAAACUAUUUUGUGUGCACUGUAUAUGUGAGCAGAAAUGAUCUUACCAUCAAUAAAAAGUUCCUUGCAGUCACCUGAAAGUCACUUAUGGACAGAAUUAUCUUAAGAGUAACUGUUUCUGCUGUUCUGCUAGCAGAGUUUGUCUUGUUUGAUCAAACAUGAUAAAGCAUUUCUUAUUGGACAUACUCAUAUAUGUAGCAAAGCUCAACUCUACAUUGUCAUCCUUUAGAAAUAAUGAAAUUGAUUUUCUGUGUUAAAAGACGAAUUGGAGAAAGUGCUGGGAGCUUUAGUACUGACAUCUAACCCAACUGAAUAAAGGUUUUAUAUGUUGUAACAAAAAGUGCAUUCCUGAAAUGAUAAAUAUCAUAAUUCUAAGAUAUCUUUGAAAUGUUGUGACUUUUCACAGUUAGCUUAUAUUAAAAUGUAAUAGUUUUCUGAGUCUAACACAUGUUAACCACUAUGCUAGAUGGGCAUACAGUAUGUACAAUACUUUGAUUGACAAACACAUACAGAGAAAUUAUUGUGAUUUCUGUCUUUUUCUUUUUCUUUUUUUUUUUUACGUUAAUAUGAAGUAAAGAAGUUAUAUUGAUUGUUUCCGACCCAUGUACUGAUGCAGAAUCACCAGUGUCAACCCCGUGGAUUAAACAA